CAACGCGGGUGAGAGAGGCCACCAGGGCACGGCUGCCUCCCCGCACCAGGAUGGCACUUCCUACAGGCAGGCGUGUGUAGCAGCUGGAGAAGGCACCAGACAUGUGGCUCCUCGUUGGGAUCGCUGGACUGCUGACAGCGGCUCUCUCAGGCCUCCCGUCUCCAUUCCCCCCUGUCCAGCGUGGAAACGGCAGCACCACACACGUACCCUUGGACCCAGAGGAGCAGCUGGGGGUCCGCCUGGUGAACGGGAGCAGUCGCUGUAGUGGUUUUGUGGAGGUUCUACUGAUGACGUCCUGGGAGCCUAUAUGCGUGGUGGAUGGAGACAGACUCACUACCGAGGCUGUGUGUGAAGCGCUGGGAUGCGGCGCUUUGGAGAAGGCUACCUACCUGAUGCCACCCAGGGCCACCUCUGGGAACAUCAGCAGUGCCGGGAAUACGACAUGGGCGCAGGCACCAACUGUGCGAUGCAGCGGAGCCAAUUGGCAGCUAUGCAAGGUGGCGGACCAGGAGUGCAGCAGCGACAAGAGGCUGGUGCGGGUCACCUGUGCAGAGAACCAGGCUGUGCGGUUAGUGGACGGUGGCAGCCGCUGCGCUGGACGCGUGGAGAUGCUGGAGCAUGGCGAGUGGGGGACAGUGUGCGAUGACACGUGGGACCUGGAGGAUGCGCACGUGGUGUGUAAGCAACUGAGGUGCGGCUGGGCAGUGCAAGCGCUGGCUGGCUUGCACUUCACCCCCGGCCAAGGACCCAUUCACCGAGACCAGGUGAACUGCUCCGGGACUGAGACCUAUCUGUGGGACUGUCCGGGGCUGCCUGGAGACCAGUACUGCGGUCACAAGGAGGACGCAGGAGUGGUAUGCUCAGAGCACCAGUCCUGGCGCCUGACUGGAGGCAUUGACUCCUGCGAAGGGCAGGUGGAGGUGUACUUCCGAGGGGUCUGGAGCACCGUGUGUGACAGCGAGUGGUACUCGUCUGAGGCCAAAGUGCUCUGUCGGUCCUUGGGGUGCGGAUCGGAGGUGGAUCGGCCCAGGGGGCUGCCGCAUUCCCUGGAGGGUAGAAUGUACUACUCCUGUGAAGGAGAGGAACCCACCCUCAGCAAGUGCUCCUGGCGGUUCAACAACUCCUUCUUGUGUCGCCAGUCGCUGGCAGCCAGAGUCAUCUGCUCAGACUCCCGGAGACAUCUCAACUUGUCCACUGCUGAAGUGCCUUCCAGAGUUCCUGUCACGAUAGAAUCUUCUGUGCCGGUGAGCGUGAAGGACAAGGAGUCUCGAGAGCUGACACUCCUCAUACCCUGUAUUGUCUUGGGAAGUCUCCUCCUUGUUUCCCUCGUCUGCAUAGCUGUUCUUCUCUUGAGAGCGAAAGGACGUUAUGCCCUCCCUGCUUCAGCGAACCACCAGAACCUGCCCGCUGCCACCCAAGCAGGAAGUAAUAACUAUCACGCUGUCCCCAUCACCAUUCCCAAAGAAGCGCCUAUGCUGUUCAUCCAGCCCCGGGUCCCUGAGGACUCAGACACCAGUUCCGGCUCUGACUAUGAGCAAUAUGACUUCAGCUCCCAGCCGCCUGUGGCCCUGACCACCUUCUACAAUUCCCAGAGGCAUCGGGUCACCGAGGAGGAGGCCCAGCAGAACAGGUUUCGGAUGCCACCCUUGGAGGAAGGACUCGAAGAGCUACAUGUUCCCCACAUCCCAGCUGCUGACCCCACACCCUGUGUGGCCAAUGUCCCACCUCUGGGCUCUCAGUACCACGUGAGGAGCAACAGUGGGUCCAGCACCUCCUCUGGGGAGGGUUACUGCAACAAUCCCAGCAGCAAGCCACCUCCGUGGAGUUCCCAGGUGUUUUCUUCUGAGAAGAGUCCCCCCGCAGAGCAGCCCCCCAAUUUGGAACUGGCUGGAUCUCAGGCAAUGUUUUCAGCAGGGACGGCAGACGGUGACAGUUCCAGCACCUCAUCCGGAGAGUGGUACCAGAACUUCCAGUCACCACACCACAAUCCUCCAAUGGAGCAGUUUGAAUGUCCAGGACCCCCUGACCCCCAGUCAGAUUCCACUGAUGAAGAGGAGGACUAUGAUGACAUCGGAGCAGCCUAGCCUGGGUCCCUGAGGCUUACGGAUGGCCCCACCCUCUGCUCUCCUGCUCUGCCACCUAUCAGCUUCCAAGAGGCUGCGGCCCCUAGCAGAGGUGGAAGGGCAUUCUCCCAGACCUUUAUCCUCCACCCAUCCAUCAACCUGCAGGAGCCUGGAGCAGAAGGCAUGGCCAACGGUGUGAGCACUGCGCUCUGGGUUGAGCUAGCAGGGGCUGGCCACUUCUGGCAGUGGUGGAGGGCCAUGCUAGGUGACUCUGAGGCCUCAGCUCACUCUGCCGUGUCAGGUACUUUGAUCCUAAGUCUCAGGAAGCUGCCAAGGGGCUGAGCAGGUCACUCAGUGCUGCAAGAUAGGUCCUGGGUCAGGGGCUGCCAUUAUCACCCAGGAAGGCACUACUGUCUGAAUGUAAUCACAGAAGCGCCCACUUAGCAUGGGACAUGGCCUUCCUGGGCACUGUUAGCUGAGAGCAACCAAGACAAACACGCGCUCCCACCCAGCCAGGCCGAGGCCAGUACCUGCCCACCAGGGUUCUCUGAGUCCACCACAGGCACUGGCUGGACCUUGUCUCUAUCCCUGGACAAUAGAACAUUAUUCUGAGCUCCUUGGGUUUAUAGGGGGUCCCUUCCCAGUCACAGAAUCAAGAGAUGGGCAGCUCAUUGGGGCAAGAGCACAGAGGUCUGUCCUGGAGGGUCAGAGCUCUGAGUCCCCAGAGAUCCCCUUGGGUUGACAAGAAUGCUUUAGGUGAAUGUGGCUAUUGCACCCAGGACUUUAAACAGGACCUCCCCACAGCCUCAGAAAACUGGAGGGUUCCAGCCAGGCUAUGGUGGC